AUUCGUUUGCCCGUCAGUCAAACUCGCGGCGGCUCCAUGCGGCCACUCCCGGCGUUCACGAUCUCCCGCCUCGCCGCCGUCGGCGCGGACCCCUGCGGCGUGCCGCUCCCCGUGUUCAACUCCCUCCUCUCCAGCCUCGCCUCCUCCGACCCCUCCCACGCGCACCUGCCGCUCCACCUCUUCCGCCGCCUCCUCCUCCUCCCAGCCCGCCGCCCGGACGCCUUCACGCUCUCCUCCCUCGCCUCCUCCUUCCUCCCCCUCCACCCCCGCUCCCACGCCGCCGCCUCCCUCCACGCCUUCUCCCUCCGGCUCGGCCUCCUGCACGCCGACCCCGUCCUCACCAACUCCAUCCUGCUCCUCUACCUCCGCUCGCCCCACCGCUCCUCCACCUCCGGCACGGCGCUCUGCCUGUUCGACGAAAUGCCCGCCCGCACCGCCUCCACCUACAACGCGCUCAUCUCCCACGCCCCCGCUGGCAUCGACCUCCGGUCCCUGGCGCGCCACAUGGUCGCGGACGGGCUCUGCCCGGACAGGUUCACGGUCUCGGCGCUCCUGUCCGCGUGCGCGUCCGAGCGCGAGGGCAGGGAGCUGCAUUGCUUUGCCGUCAAGCGCGGGAUGUGCGGCGACGGCGAUUUCCAUGUCAGCAGCGGGUUUGUCUCCAUGUACUGCAGGGUCUCCCGGCCAGACCUUGCGCGCAGGGUUUUUGACAGGAUGCAUCAGAGGAAUGUCGUCUCGUGGACUGCCAUGGUGGGAGGGUACGCCGAGAAUGGCAUGUUUGAGGAUGCGGCGAAGGCUUUCCGGGCAAUGUGGGCGGUUGAUGGUAUUCUGCCGAAUAGGGUCGCGUUGAUCAGUGUGCUGUCGGCUGUCGAGGGCCUCAUGGGCUUAGCAGAGGGCAAGCAAGUGCAUGGUUUCGCCGCGAGGAUGGGGCUCUAUGGGGAGGUGUCCCUCAACAAUGCUUUGGUUGAUAUGUAUGCAAAGGGCGGAGCCUUGCGUUAUGCAAGGCGCAUUUUCGAUGAUGGUACUUGGCGCAAAGAUGUCAUCUCUUGGGGUUCAAUGGUACUUGGUUAUGGCCUUCAUGGUAUGGGUAUGGAGGCAGUUGCCUUGUUUGAUCAGAUGCAUGCUUCUGGGGUUAAGCCAGACAGCAUAGUUGGUCUGGGUGUGCUUUCCGCGUGCUGCAGGGCAGGAUUGGUGUUGAAGGGACUUGAGAUAUACAACUCCCUGGUGAAGGAUCAUAAAGUCCAUCCAACCGAGGAGAUGUCUGCUUGCGUAGUUGAUUUACUGGGGCGUUCUGGGUUGAUUGACCAUGCCUUGGACUUCAUAAAGUCAAUGAGCGUAGAGCCAGGCCCUAGUGUAUGGGGAGCACUUCUGGAUGCCUCUGUUAUUCACAGUAACAAAGAGACUCAAGAUUUAGCUUGCAGGUCUCUUCUUAGAUUGGAAGAAGAGAGCCCAUCAAAUCUUGUCUCGGUAUCUAACCUACACGCCUCUUCUGGUAGGUGGAAUAUUGUUGAACAAGUGAGGGCAAAGAUUAAACACGGAACAUUGAAGAAAACACCUGGUCGCAGUUGGGUAAAUGCAGCAAUAUAGUGACUAUCACUAUUCUUCUAGGAGUGAAUUGUUCACGACUCUUUCAGUGGUUCAGAGCUCUACCAGCGCACAUAAACUGGUAUGCUCUGGAAUCAUUGGCAUUGUACAGGACUACAUCAAAGCAAAUUGUACCAUUGGCAGUUAAAAGAGCAGAACUGCUGUAUUUACUCUAUGCUCAUACAUGUACGUUCGGGCGGAUGUUAUUACAGCAAACGAAGUGCCUCUGCAACAACGGUGUGGUUGUUUGCAAUGUUCACUCUUCCCAUGUACUCUUACACCAGAUAAAGAGUCUGUAUGGUGGUAGCUUCCUUGUUGCAAGUUCCACUGGGGUCUCCGAAGCUCGCAAACUUAACCCAAGAGAUAAUUCUGCCUUUGGGGCAAGGCAGCUCUACUUUUGCUGCUUUGCUAUACCUGUGACCGUGAGAACCAUUCCAUGUUCCUGUCAAGAUCCUUUUUCGAGUCAUCGUAAAAAAAUAUGUACUGGAUUAGGAUGUUAUGUAACUGAAUCAGGUGCUCCCAUGGUAUUCUUGCUUAGCAAAUUUGAUUUAACUAUCCUUUGGGAAGGUCAAGGAAGCUACUCGUUGAUGGAAAGGACUCUGAUUAACCAGAAAUGCCAUGUGAAGAGCCACGACAUCAAGAGGUAUCUAUGUUAGCGAAAAGGGCUCUAUCAAAUAAGAGUGGUGAGCUGCAUUUUCCUCAGUAGCUCGUGCUCCCUCCAUCCAUAUAUAUAAUGCGUUUUUCGAGAUUGCCUUUGACUAUUGAUAAGAUUACUAGUAUAUGAGAUGUAUAAUGUGGAAAUUCUAUCGUUGGAAGCUCCUUUCACAUACAAAUUUGAUGAUAUGCUUUGUGUAACUUACAUGUCAUAUUAUUGCUCUAACAUGUGGUCAAAGUUAACCUCGAAAAACGCUGGAUAGAUGGAUAGUAGCAAUUUUUUUUGCUGGGAGUCGUAAUCAACAUGAUCUGUUGACACCACUAACUCGGGAUCUCAGAUUGGUAGGGUUUGAUCUCUAAGUCUGAAUCUAAUUUUGCCGAUCUGUUACUGUACAUGGCAAGAAGAAGUGACGAUCCAAGUGACAGAAAUUCAAGUAUUCCGAGAAAAAGACCAGGAACUGUUUUAACAAUCUUUCGUACUGCCAUGGACGCCAGGUUACGUAGUACUCCCUCCGUUCCUAAAUAUAAGUCUUUUUAGACAUUUCAAAUGGACUACAACAUACGGAUGUAUGUAGACAUAUCUUAAAGUGUAGAUUCACUCAUUUUGCUCCGUGUGUAGUCACUUGUUGAAAUCUCUAGAAAGACUUAUAUUUAGGAAGAGAAGGAGUAUUUACCAGUUAAUUGCCCGUGCAUUGCAACGUGGUAUGCAUAUUUCAGUGGUUCAUCAUGCACAUUACAGUAUUUAGUUAGCAUUGGAAUGUGUUGUUUUUCUCGAGCAAGCUCCUUCAUUCCAACGACAACUUAUUUCAUGUGCUUGGUGAGGGAUGCGAGGUGCAUUAGCAAUGCACCACAUCUCAUGAUGUUGCUCAAUGCGAGCUUCUUUGUCUUGGCUCUCUUCUCUUCCCUUUAGCUUUGCUCUUGAAGGUUGUAGGUGGCAGCACGGAGAGAUCGGUGUGCUUGAUUUGCUUGGUCCACACUAUGGGCUUCUUGCCGGUGUGCCUCACGUUCUUCAUCUUGGUGGCGUCACUCUUCUUGUUGACGAUACCGUUCUUCCUCUUGGUUCAUUUGACGGUCGUAAGUGUCAUGUUGUUCUUGAGCUUCACGUUGUUGUUGUUCAUUCUCAAGGAUGCGAUCUUGCAAUCCAUUGCCUUGAGGAGGAUUUAGAGCAAGAUAUCCUUAUUGUUCUUCAUGAUGAUGAUGACGUCGAGACCGGUAUGUACUUGCGCCGGAUGGUAGCUCGGAUGAAUUUGCAAUUGAACGCCGUCUUGAAAGUGAUGAAGAUGAAGAAGGCUUGCACUUGUCGAACUUGUCGUGAAUGCGGUCCAUAUGUGCGUCUAA